UUUAUAACAUCUACCUUAUUUGAUAAAAAAAAAGAUAUUUGUCUACCUUCCAGGGUGAAUAGCACGUCGUUUUAAUUUGCCCAAAUGAACUACUUUCCGUUUACGUUAAAGCCUGAUGUUGCUGCUAUGUUUUGUCCCAGUCUUGCAACUUCUAUUUACCGGCUGUGAGCACUUGGCCACUUCCUAUAAGCUUUGUCUUAGUUUAAUACUUUCAUGGAAUUUGCAACAAAAUGGCUAUGGACUUGAAGCUUAUAGCAGCAGGGUUACGCCACUGCGGGAAGUUGCAAGCUUUAAAGCGUGGGGAAUCAAUGCAAGCUCAGCUAAUUAAACAAGGGAUCUCCAAUAACGUAUUCCUAGCAAACAACCUGAUCUCCAUGUAUCUCGACUCUAGGUCGUUGGUCGAUGCACAUAAAGUGUUCGACGAAAUGACUGAGAGAAACAUCGUCACAUGGACGACGAUGGUCUCUGGGUACACAAGCGAUGGGAAACCAAACAAGGCUAUUGAGUUAUACAGAGGCAUGCUGUUAGAUUCGGAAACAGAAGCGCCUAACGAGUUUUUGUUUUCAGCGGUUUUGAAAGCUUGUGGGUUAGUGGGUGAUCUUCAGCUGGGUCGUUUGAUUCACGAAAGAAUUGGUAAAGAGAAUAUGAAAGGUGAUGUUGUUUUGAUGAAUGCUGUUUUGGACAUGUAUGUUAAGAACAGGAGACUUAGUGAAGCUAAUAAAGCCUUUUCUGAGAUUCCACAGCCUAAUUUAACUUCAUGGAACACUCUCGUUUCUGGUUACUGUAAAGAAGGUUUGGUUGAUGAAGCGGUUGGUUUGUUCCAUCGGAUUCGUCAGCCAAAUGCUGUGUCUUGGAACUGUUUAAUCUCCGGGUUUGUGGAUAAAGGUAGCCCUCGUGCAUUGGAGUUUCUGAUUAUGAUGCACAGAGAAGGAUUCAAGCUAGAUGGUUUUGCUUUACCGUGUGGUCUUAAAGCCUGCAGCUUUGGUGGCUUAUUAACAAUGGGGAAACAGCUGCAUUGCUGUGUCUUAAAGUCUGGUUUGGAGUCGAGCUCCUUCGCGCUCUCUGCUCUUAUCGAUAUGUACUCCAACUGUUGCUCUCUAAGAGAUGCAGCAGCUCUAUUUCGUCAGGCGAAUCUUCAUUGUAGUGUCGCUGUUUGGAAUUCUAUGCUCUCUGGAUUUUUGAUUAACUACGAUAACGAAGCGGCGUUGGUGCUGCUUUUGAGGAUGUAUCAGUCAGGGUUGAGUUUUGAUUCCUACACUUUAAGUGGUGCGUUAAAGAUAUGCAUCAACGUAAUCAGCUUGAGACUGGGGCUUCAGGUACAUGGUUUAGUUGUCAUCAGUGGUCAUGAGUUGGAUUACAUAGUAGGAAGCAUUCUUGUUGAUCUACACGCAAACGUUGGGAGUCUACAAGAUGCGCAUAAGCUGUUUCAUAGGCUUCCGAAUAAAGAUAUGAUUGCUUUCUCUGGCCUGAUAAGAGGCUGUGUGAAAGCAGGUUUCUAUUCUUUAGCAUUUGAUCUGUUUCGAGAAUUAAUCAAACUGGGACUCGAUGCUGACCAGUUCAUCAUCUCGAGUAUUCUCAAAGCAUGUUCAAGUUUAGCGUCUCUUGGAUGGGGCAAACAGAUUCAUGGGUUGUGUGUAAAGAAAGGUUACGAAUCAGAACCCGUGACGGUGACAGGACUGAUAGACAUGUAUGUGAAAUGUGGUGAUAUAGACAAUGGUGUUGUGUUGUUUGAUGGUAUGAUGGAAAGAGAUGUCGUGUCUUGGACAGGGAUAAUUGUUGGUUGUGGACAAAACGGACGAGCCAAAGAAGCGAUUCAGUAUUUCCGCGAGAUGAUUGAUUCUGGAGUUGGACCAAAUGAGGUAACUUUUUACGGGGUUCUCUCAGCUUGUCGACAUUCUGGACUGCUUGAAGAAGCAAGAUUCAUAGUCGAAUCGAUGAAAUCUGAGUAUGGUCUUGAACCGUGCCUAGAGCAUUAUUAUUGCCUAGUUGAUCUUCUUGGUCAAGCGGGGAGGUUCCAAGAGGCAGAGGAGAUCAUAAACGAAAUGCCCUUUGAGCCGAAUAAAACGAUAUGGAUGUCUCUGCUCACUGCUUGUGGAACUCACAAGAAUGCUGAACUGGUCACUGUAAUAGCUGAGAAAUUGCUCAAUAUCUUUUCAGAAGAUCCAUCGGUUUAUACAUGUAUUUCGAACGUUUAUGCAACUAUGGGAAUGUGGGAUCGGUUAAGUGAAGUGAGAGAAGCUGCCAAGACGUUAGGGACAAAAGAAUCUGGCUUCAGCUGGAUCGAUAUUGCCUGAAGCGAAGUGUGAAUUGAUGUUUUAUUUAACUAUUCUAAGGGAGCAUCAUCUUAUUCUUACGUACAUGUAUGUGUUUUGGACAAGGUAAUGAUAACUGAAAUGGCGUUACUGCUUGGGGAAAUGGGCUUUUAAUUCCCUUUGAUCAAAAAAAAAAAAUUCCCUAAGUAUUUGUAAUCAAACUAUCUACUUGUGCAGUUUUAUUCUUCGAGUGAAUGUUAACUGAACAAAAUUGAAAAUUAAAAAUUCAA